AGAAAAGUGGCUAACAGCAUCAGUUGCUGACAAACCAACAAACCCAAACCAACCAAAUCAACAUGAAGUUCCUCAUCUGCUUGGCUCUCUGCAUUGCCGCCGCCCAGGCUGGCUUCAUCGCCUCUCCGGUGACCACCUAUGCUGCUGCUCCUUACGCCGCCACCUAUGCCGCCGCUGCUCCUGUGGCCUACACCGCUCCCGUGACCACCUAUGCUGCUGCUGCUCCUGCUUACUCCACUUAUGCUGCCGCUGCUCCUGCCUACUCCACCUAUGCUGCCGCUGCUCCCGCCUACACCGCUUCGGUGUACAGCGCUCCGGCCUAUACCGCUCCCGUGACCGCCUACACUGCUCCCAUUUCCACCUAUGCUGCUCCAGCCAUUGUCAGCCCCUUCCUGAAGAAGAAGUAAACGGGAAGUUGCCAGACAUGCACCCAUUGAUCCAUCCAAACGAUUUGAUAACUAAAUAAAGCGCCUAUUCAAGCGAAUAUAUGUGAACUUA